AAUAUAUCACUCCGCAGGCUCAGUGAGACUUUUUUCAUAACAUGUAUUACGCGGUCUGACACAAAAUGCGACAAUUUACAUGUUUUUUAUUUAUACAUAUGUAUAAGAUUAUUUUUUAAUGCAUGGUUUAUUCCUGUUCGACCGUUAUUUGUUUUAACACGUCUUACUUCAUGUUUAAUUGGACCUAUUUCCGCGACAAACGUUGACAGGCAGUGCUUAGGUCUAUCCUAAACAUGGCCACCAUGAUGGAGUAAAGCUUCAACUUUAAAUUUCACAUUUUUAGAAGAAAACUUAUACAUUUUCACAGGAAUGUUUCAACGGAAGAAAUUAUAUCAGUCAUCUUAUCCAUAUGAAAUCAUUGGAGAAAGUUUCUUGUUGGAUUUAAUAAUAGUUUAAGUUGUCUGGAAGCUGGAAACGAAAAAAAUAAUAAUUGCAUCAAUACCGUAAGCGUUUUAAUUUCUCACGAUAGUUUUAAAGCUUUUACAAACCUUUUGUGGGAUUUUUUAAGUUGUGGAUCUAUCUUAAUUGCAACAAUUUCGCUGUGAAGAAUUGAAGAAACGAUUGGGAAAUAUUUUAUAAUUUGUAUGCGUUUUCUGGCAGAAAGUAAAUAUUGGUGGUCGAAGGGAGAGUAGUAAUGUUCAAUGAUUGACGUACUUUUAAGAAGCCAAUAAACUGAAGAAUACAUAAAGGGAUAUAACAGUUUGUGUGAUUUUGAGGCGCCGAAAGUGCACUGGUCACUUCCCCCAUAUUUUUGAAUUGGUGGAUGAACGAGUCAGCGACACCCCUUACCCCACUUAUACUAAUCGAAAGUAUGACAUUUCUCAUAUGGCUUUAAAGGUCAUGAAGGAAAUACAUCUGAACUUCUAGGUUCUAAAAGAAUGUCAUCAGAGGACAAGAGUCUGGAUCCCUCUGACCACGGCCCUUCUAUUCCCCUGAGCAGUACUGGGGGGCGCACCCCCUCCCCUGCCCCCACAGACCGGCGCCCCCGCGGCCGGCCUCGUAAGGAUGCAGGCUCUGGAUUAUCCACACCCAGAAAGAAGGGACGUAGCAGAGGCCGAGCCCAGGUUGAGGAUGAGGACAGCAUGGAUGGGAUGGAGACCGCCGAAGCAGAGAACAUGCAGGAUAUGGAAGUUAAGGAGCUGGUUCUGGAUGUCGAGGAGGAGAUCAUGGUGCCUAGCCCCAGGGACGACAGACCCCUCUCCCCACUCUUCCAGCGCUCCGUGUCGGAGGACUCUGCAGGAUCCUCCGCCUCGACCCUGGAGCACGCCAAAGCCCGUGAAAAGCUGUGUGCCUUCUGCUACUGUGGCGAGAGGAGUUUCCUGGGCCAGGGCGACCUGAUGGUGUUUGGCCCCACGCCGGGCUAUGUGCCGCUGCACAUCCGCAACCGACGAGGCAGCUCGGAGAAGGACGAUGACUAUCACGAAGAUGACUUCCAAGAUGACCACCAAGACACCAAGAGUCCAGGGCAGCGGCUCAAGGUCAGCUCUCCGGACAGUGGUCUCCACUCCUCCUCGGCACCCGGCAGCACGGACCCCUUCAGUGAGGAACUGGCCCCUAAGUUCUGGGACGAGCUGGGUCAGAUCGGCCUCCCCGACGACAUCAAUGUCCAGUCCCUGUUUGACCCCACAGGCCAGUGCUGUGCCCAUCUGCACUGUGCCGCCUGGUCCGAGGGGGUGUGUCGCGGCGAGGCCCAGGAUUCACUGCUCUACGUGGACAAAGCCAUAGACUCAGGGAGCACAGAGUGCUGUGCAUACUGUAAGCGCCUUGGAGCAUCUAUCAAGUGCUGUGAGGAAGGCUGCUGCCGCUCCUACCAUUUCCCCUGCGCCGCUGCCGCUGGAACUUUCCAGGACCUGCGCCGACACACUCUCCUAUGCCCAGACCACCUCCAGCUGGCCUCACAAAGAUUUAAAGAGGAGGUGAAGUGCUUGUUGUGUGGCAGUGCUGGGGACCUGCAGGAUCUGCUCUUCUGCAGCUCGUGUGGGCAGCACUACCACGGGGCGUGUCUGGACGUGAGUGUCACCCCCCUGAAGAGGGCCGGGUGGCAGUGCCCCGAGUGCAAAGUCUGUCUGACCUGCAGGAACCCGGGGGAGGACAGUAAGAUGCUGGUCUGUGACAUGUGCGAUAAAGGCUAUCACACCUUUUGUCUCCAGCCUACCAUGAAAUCCAUCCCCACCAACGGCUGGCGGUGCAAGAACUGUCGGGUGUGUUCUUUGUGUGGGGUCAGGCAGGCGGGCCAGUGGGCCCACAAUAUCACACUGUGCGAGGGUUGCCACGGGCAACCAGAGGAGCCCGCCCCCGCCCUGCCAUGCACACUGUGUGUGAGGGACCAGGGCUGCGGGGAUGCCCCUAAGGACCACCUCCUCACCUGCCACACGUGCAAGAGGUGGCUUCAUGGUGAGUGUGAGAUGCAGGCAGGGGGCAACUUGGACCUCCACCCACAGGCCGACUACAUCUGCACCGUCUGUAAGCAGGUGGAGAGCGACAUGGUGGAAACCCCGGCCAGCCCCAUCCAGGAAUCCACAGAACCAGAACCAGAACCCACUAUGGAUGUCUUUAUGGCUGUGGUGGAGGAGGAGGUGUCCCUGGAGGAGGAGGCGCGUCCAGGCCCUCGGCUGGAGGAGGAGGAGGAGGCGCGUCCAGGCCCUCGGCUGGAGGAGGAGGCGCGUCCAGGCCCUCGGCUGGAGGAGGAGGAGGAGGCGCGUCCAGGCCCUCGGCUGGAGGAGGAGGAGGAGGCGCGUCCAGGCCCUCGGCUGGAGGAGGAGGAGGAGGCGCGUCCAGGCCCUCGGCUGGAGGAGGAGGAGGAGGCGCGUCCAGGCCCUCGGCUGGAGGAGGAGGAGGAGGCGCGUCCAGGCCCUCGGCUGGAGGAGGAGGAGGAGGAGGAGGAGGAGGAGGCGCGUCCAGGCCCUCUGCUGGAGGAGGAGGAGGGGGAGGCGCGUCCAGGCCCUCGGCUGGAGAAGGAGGAGGAGGAGGCGCGUCCAGGCCCUCGGCUGGAGGAGGAGGAGGAGGAGGCGCGUCCAGGCCCUCGGCUGGAGGAGGAGCGUCCAGGCCCUCGGCUGGAGAAGGAGGAGGCGCGUCCAGGCCCUCGGCUGGAGGAGGAGGCGCGUCCAGGCCCUCGGCUGGAGGAGGAGGAGGAGGAGGCGCGUCCAGGCCCUCGGCUGGAGGAGGAGGAGGAGGCGCGUCCAGGCCCUCGGCUGGAGAAGGAGGAGGAGGAGGCGCGUCCAGGCCCUCGGCUGGAGGAGGAGGAGGAGGAGGCGCGUCCAGGCCCUCGGCUGGAGGAGGCGCGUCCAGGCCCUCGGCUGGAGGAGGAGGCGCGUCCAGGCCCUCGGCUGGAGGAGGAGGCGCGUCCAGGCCCUCGGCUGGAGGAGGAGGAGGCGCGUCCAGGCCCUCGGCUGGAGGAGGAGGAGGCGCGUCCAGGCCCUCGGCUGGAGGAGGAGGAGGCGCGUCCAGGCCCUCGGCUGGAGGAGGAGGAGGCGCGUCCAGGCCCUCGGCUGGAGGAGGAGGAGGAGGCGCGUCCAGGCCCUCGGCUGGAGGAGGAGGAGGAGGCGCGUCCAGGCCCUCGGCUGGAGGAGGAGGAUGAGGAGGCGCGUCCAGGCCCUCGGCUGGAGGAGGAGGAGGAGGCGCGUCCAGGCCCUCGGCUGGAGGAGGAGGAGGAGGAGGCGCGUCCAGGCCCUCGGCUGGAGGAGGAGGAGGAGGCGCGUCCAGGCCCUCGGCUGGAGGAGGAGGAGGAGGCGCGUCCAGGCAAUCGGCUGGAGGGGGAGGAGGCGCGUCCAGGCCCUCUAAAGGAGCCUAAAGUGUCUCCAUCAGGUGUUGAACUGGCGCAGGAGAUUCAGGUGACCGUUACCCUGACGGAGGGCCGGGAGUCUCCCCAGAGGUCUGGAACUCUAGCGGACGUGUCACCGCUCGCCUCCCAGAGUCCCGCCUCACCCGUGGACGAUUUCCAACAGGAACUGGAAAUAUCAGACUCUUUACAAACGGAAAAAGCUUUUGGAGGAGACUACUGA